AUGACUUCUAUUACCACUAGGAGGGUUCCCUCUCCUCCUCCUCCUCCUCCUCCCCGAUUUGCACCUCCUCAAGCCCAAGUAAUACAAGCUGAGCCUCUAGCCCCCAUCAUCUCAGCCCCGAUCGUUCAAAUACCAGUAGAUCCCCAUGAUCUGGAAAAUAUCUCUGAAGCUUUUCGGGGUAUCAUUUGCGAGACAGAAAGCCAUAUGGUGGGGCACGCCUAUAGGGCCAGCUCGAGGGAUCUAAGGACCAUCGAGGAGCGGAGCUCAGAGAAUGUCAUGGAAUUAGCUAUGGGAAUGAACCUUACUUAUCGCAGCAUAGCCCGGGCUAGGGCUAGAAGUGAUGAGCUCCGGGCCGAACUAAAUGCAGCCAACACUGCCCUGACAGCUGCUCAAGAAGGUGAGCAGGCUGCCAAAGCUACCUUGGUGGCUGCUCAAAAGAGUGAGCAUGAUGCGAAGGCUACUCUCGCCUCGUCCCAGGAAAGCGAGCAAGCUGCAAAGAAUGCAUUGUUUGCCCCUUUAGGCUCAAAUUGCACAACUUCAGGCCGAGGUAAGAUGGACCCGGACCUUGACAACAUCCUUAACCAACAUGUUGCAUCCAGGGGAAACAAAUGCCACUGGGCCCUUAUAACCUUUUUUCAAUACAAUUAUGUCCUGAAUCAUGAGGUUACGACGAGCAAGGUGCACGCCCAAGAUGCUAGAGAUGCACAGCUCAGGGCUGAAGACGACCUUAAAAAGGCUCGGCAGGAGCAGGAAACGGCUCAACACGGAAUGGAGGCGACUCAACGGGAGCCAGAAAUGAUUAGGCGAGAGGUGGAGGCCAAGGAGACGGAGAUCAAGAGGAUCCAAGAGUUGAAUUCCAAGCUGGAAGAGGACAAGAAGAUGAAUUUUGAAUUCAUAGAAAGUGAGAAGGCUCAUCUUCUUGAUGAAUUCAAGACCAAAAAGGACCAUGCCUUUGACAUGGUGAUGUAUCGCAUUUGGACGACCAAUCCCGACCUCGACACCAGCUUCCUUUCCAUCAAGGAGACCGAGUAUGUCAACAGAUUUCAAGCUCGACUGGAGGAGGAAGAGGUCAGGCUCGAAGCUCAAGAAGCAGCGGAGGCCACGGAGCAAAACCGGGACAGUGAUUGA